UUUUGACAUUUCAUUUGUUUCCUCACUCCGUAGUUUUAAAUUUGACUGAUAUAUUAAAAACGAUUGCACAACAUAAAUAUUCUUUUGUUUCUCUAAAAAAAAAGUCGUAAAUCUACACAAAUGCUUUCGUCAGAGUGGAGUUUGUAAAAUUGAGUUUAACUCUGAAAGAAUUCGUGAAUUUUGUUUAUUGUGAGUGGCGAGAAUAAUUUUGAGGAAAAUGUUAAAAGGAAGUUUAGAAAUGUUGAGGCCGAUUAUUCCUCGUCAUUUUCGAUCCUUGAGCAAAGUUGCUGUCAAACACAAGGAAAGAUUGGACGAUAAAAUGCAAGCUUGGCAGAUUCAUUCCUAUGGAGGUUUGGAGGAAUUAAAGUUGUGCACGACCAGGAUGCCGGUAAUUACGAGGCCUUCGGACGUACUCAUCAAAGUCGAUGCUUCUAGUGUUAAUCCUUUCGAUUUGUCCCUGACAAGAGGUUACGGCUCGAAGGUUUUGAAUUUCAUGCGAAAGGCGAAGAAUUUGGGGGCCGAAUCAGAUAUUGAAUUCCCUUUGACUCUGGGAAGAGAUUUUGCUGGAACUGUUGUGUCAAAGGGACAUGGAGUCGGGGGAAGAUUAAAAUUAGGGGAGGAAGUUUGGGGAGUUGUUCCUGUUGAACAGCAAGGAUGUCACGCCGAAUAUGUCAUCGCCAACGAAUCUUUGGUGAAUCCUCGGCCGAGAAAUAUUUCUUGCAUCGAAGCUGCGAGUAUUCCCUACGCAGGAUUAACUGCUUGGUCGGCUCUCUGGUUAUCCGGAGGUUUGUGUUACAAAACUGCGGUCGCGACAAGAAGGAACAAAAGAGUUUUGGUCCUUGGGGGUUCUGGAGGUGUCGGAACUUUGGCAAUUCAAAUGCUAAAGGCUUGGAAUAUGCACGUAAUAACAACAUGUAGCAGUGACGCUGUGAAUGUUUUGGAAAAAAUAGGAGCGGAUGUUGUCAUAGAUUACAAAGAAGAUCGUGCUGACGAAAAACUAGUUUGCGAAGGACCUUACGACAUAAUUCUCGAUUGCGCCAAUCAAGGACCGGAUGUCAUAAAAGCGAAAGGAUAUCCACAUUAUACUUAUAUAACUCUGAAUUCCCCUCUGCUGAAAAAUAUCGACGAGCGUGGAUUUAUUUCUGGAACAGUAAAAAAUGUCGGUGAUUUUGUCAAAUAUAAUUUCCCAUCGAAGGAAAAUAAGGGAUUUGUUAAGUGGGGAUUUUUCGCUCCCUCGAAAACUGGACUCGAUGCGCUACAGAAAUUCGUUGAAAAUGGACAGCUCGUAUCGGUCGUGAAGAAGGUUUAUCCCUUCCAGGAAUUACCACGAGCCUAUGAAAGAAUCGCCCAAGGACAUUUGCGUGGAAAAUUAGUCGUCGAUAUGAAUUAAAAACACUAAAGUAUAUUUAAAUAAGGCUUUGUACAAAGUAUCGUUAUUUUUUACACCUAAAAUUAAAGUUGUAACUAAUAGUCUUGAGAUA